AUGUCCAGCUCAGACGCUCCACCACCAACAAAGCCAAAGCAAAUCAACUUACUGCGCGGAUGGCCUUCACCACAUCUCCUCCCCGCAGACCUCCUCUCAGCAGCCUGCCAGCGCGUCCUGGCCGACCCCGUCGAGAGCGUCCCCAUCCUGCAAUAUGCCCCUGAUCCGGGCUACCAGCCGCUGAGGGAGAGGCUGGCCCAGUGGCUCGGCCAGCAUUACGGCGUGGAGCCGGAUGCCAAUCGUAUUUGCAUCACCGGCGGCGCAAGCCAGAACCUGGCCUGCAUCCUCCAGAGCUUCACGGAUCCGCAUUACACCCGGGCUGUGUGGAUGGUUGCGCCUUGCUACCACUUGUCGUUUGGCAUGUUUGAGGACGCAGGCUUUGCGGGGAGACUGAGGGCGGCGCCGGAGGAUGACGAGGGGCUUGAUGUUGAGGAGCUGGAGAGGAGACUGGCCGCUUGGGAGAGCGCAGAGAAGCUUGGGUCACAUCAGGAGCCCAAGCCAUUCAAAAACCCUGGCCCGUAUAGAAAGCUCUAUAGGCACAUCAUUUACGUUGUGCCAACUUGCUCCAACCCGUCAGGAAAGACGCUAUCAGUCCAGCGACGCGAGAGCCUUGUCAAACUAGCUCGAAAGUACGAUGCUCUCGUUGUCUGCGACGACGUCUAUGAGUUCUUGCAGUGGCCACUCGAGGGGCCUACUACUGCUCAACGGCCGCCAGAAAUGAGGCUCCCCCGCCUGUGCGAUAUCGACAUGUCACUGGGUCGGGCGGAAAUCGACCCUCAAGGCUUUGGACACACAGUGAGCAAUGGAUCCUUUAGCAAGAUUGCGGGACCAGGUGUCCGGACGGGAUGGGCAGAGGGUACUCCGGCCUUUGCUUUAGGACUAUCCAAGACGGCAUCUUCCAUGUCUGGCGGUGCUCCAAGUCAGCUCUGCGCCGCGAUGCUGGCCGAUUUGCUUCGGACUGGCGAGCUGGCCAACUUCAUCGACACAAAGACUCGGCCGGCGUUACAGAGGCGACAUAGGAUUAUGAUGAACGCUGUAAAACAGUACUUGGCCCCUCUCGGUGUUGUAUCACAGGAAUCCAGCAUCCAGGGCCAGAGCAUUUAUGGUGGCUAUUUCGUAUGGCUUACACUAACCCAGGGACCCUCAGGACUGCUAGUCUCAGAUGCUGCGUUGAGAGAGGAGAACAUCGUUCUUGGAAGAGGAAACAUGUUUGCGGUUCGAGGGGACGAAGAAGGCGCGAAAUUUGACAACGCAAUCAGACUCUGCUUCUCCUGGGAGCCCGAGGAGGCACUGAUUGAUGGCGUCCGGAGGCUUGGGCUCCUGUUGCAACGCAUGCAGGCCAAUGUCGGUUAUUAUGAAAAAUUAGUAGCGGGAGUCACAGACAGUGAUCGUCCAGUCAGUAGUUGGGUAUAA